UUGUCGCUUUUUUGACAAACUGUAGGUGACGUGAAACAACCACGUCUCAUGGUUUUAUGGUCUAAUAUUACUCUAUUAAGCCGGCGACCCUACCACUCCCAGAACUCACCCACUCCCUAUACAAAUCAAAUCCAUUUUGAUGGUUCAACUUCAAGAAUCAAGGGUCCAUUAUAUAUUCUUUUAAUUUUCAAAAAUUUUUUUUCUUAACGUUUUAUUAAUCUCAUAGACAUCGACAAUAUUUGUCCCACCGGGCAACCUUACUUCUACUACCCAAUUCCAUUUUUCGCAAAUUGUCACGUUGUAAGAGACUGUUGUGAGUCUUGGUCGCCAUGGAUGGGAAAUCAUCAAGCGAAACUAGAGGGAAGCCCAUUAGAUGCAGAGCUGCGGUGUGUCGCAAACCAGGUGAGCCAUUGGUGAUCGAGGAGAUCAUGGUGGCGCCUCCGAUGGCUCGUGAGGUUCGGAUUCGAGUCAUAUGCACCUCUCUCUGUCAGAGCGAUAUCACUUUCUGGAAAUUGAAGGAUUUUCCUGCGAUUUUUCCAAGAAUUCUCGGUCACGAAGCUAUCGGGGUUGUGGAAAGUGUGGGGGAGGAUGUAGAUGAAGUAACUGAAGGAGACACUGUGAUCCCUAUAUUCUUGUCAGAUUGUGGGGAAUGUGGAGAUUGCAAUUCAAAAAAGAGCAACCUAUGUUCAAAAUUCCCUUUCAAGGUAUCUCCUUGGAUGCCCAGAUAUGAGACCAGCAGAUUCACUGACCUCAAAGGAGAGGUUUUAUAUCAUUUUCUUUCUGUCUCAAGCUUUACUGAGUAUACGGUGGUAGACAUUGCCCAUGUAACAAAAAUUGAUUCCUCAAUCCCUCCAAACAGGGCAUGCCUCCUUAGUUGUGGAGUAUCAACAGGGUUUGGCGCUGCUUGGAGAACGGCAAAUGUGGAGACAGGAUCAACUGUUGCUAUUUUUGGGCUGGGGUCUAUUGGAUUAGCUGUCGCAGAGGGAGCUAGACUAUGCGGAGCUACUAAAAUCAUUGGAGUGGAUGUGAACCCAAACAAAUUUGAAAUCGGAAAAAAAUUUGGAGUAACAGACUUUGUCAAUGCUGGAGAUUGUGGAAAUAAAUCUGUGACCCAGAUGGUCAAUGAGAUAACUGGUGGAGGUGCAGACUAUUGCUUUGAGUGUGUCGGGUUGCCAUCCUUGGUGCAGGAAGCAUAUGCCUGCUGCCGAAAGGGUUGGGGAAAAGCAAUUGUGUUAGGAGUGGCCAAGCCGGGUUCACAAGUGAACCUCAGCUCUUAUGAUGUUCUUCAUAGCGGGAAAACCCUCAUGGGAUCCUUAUUUGGAGGACUCAAAGCCAAAACUGAUAUUCCCAUCCUCAUUAAACGCUACUUGGACAAGGAACUGCAGCUUGAUAAAUUUGUCACGCAUGAGGUAAAGUUUGAUGACAUCAACAAAGCUUUUGAUUUACUCAUUGAAGGACAGAGUCUUCGUUGUGUAAUUUGGAUGGACAAAUGAGUAAGCUCCUAUGGAAUUUGAUGGUGGUGAAGGUUCAAUGACAAUAAUGAAACUUUCGAUUUACUAUGGACUUUGCUGUUCUUCACCAGCAACCGGUUCCUUUUUAUUUUUUAGCAUAUGCUGUGUUCUAAUCGAUCUAUGCAAGUUUCAAUGUUU